CCGCGCAGAGAAGGCAGGAGCCGUCGGGCAUCCAGAGCAACGAUGGCCAAGGAGUGGGGCUACGCCAGCCACAAUGGUCCUGACCACUGGCAUGAACUUUACCCGAUUGCCAAGGGAGACAACCAGUCUCCCAUUGAGCUGCAUACCAAAGACAUCAAGCAUGAUCCUUCUCUGCAGUCAUGGUCGGCAUCUUAUGACCCUGGCUCUGCCAAGAGCAUACUGAACAACGGGAAGACCUGCAGGGUCGUGUUUGAUGACACUUACGAUAGAUCAAUGCUAAGAGGUGGCCCCCUCACUGGACCCUAUCGCCUUCGCCAGUUUCAUCUUCACUGGGGUUCCUCCGAUGAUCAUGGCUCUGAGCACACUGUGGAUGGAGUCAAGUAUGCAGCUGAGCUGCAUUUGGUUCACUGGAAUCCAAAGUAUAACACUUUUGGAGAAGCUCUGAAGCAGCCUGAUGGAAUAGCUGUGGUUGGCAUUUUUCUGAAGAUAGGGCGUGAGAAAGGCGAGUUCCAGCUGGUUCUUGAUGCCUUGGACAAAAUUAAGACAAAGGGUAAGGAGGCACCCUUCACCCAUUUUGACCCAUCUUGCCUGUUCCCCACCUGCCGGGACUACUGGAGUUACCACGGUUCUUUCACCACACCACCCUGUGAGGAGUGUAUUGUGUGGCUCCUGCUUAAGGAGCCUAUCACCGUGAGCUCUGACCAGAUGGCCAAACUGCGGAGCAUCUACUCCAGCGCGGAAAAUGAGCCUCCAGUGCCCCUGGUGGGGAACUGGCGCCCUCCACAGCCUAUCAAGGGCAGGGUGGUGAGAGCCUCCUUCAAAUGA